CGGAAGUAUGUAUAUGUGAGUGACACUAGGUUGCUAGUGUCGUUCUUUCCCUUUGACUAACAAAAGGCUACUGUGUUUUUGUCUGGGUUAGACAUAAAAUUGUAAUAAAGCUGGGAAGUCCCGUGACUUACACUCUCUGAAGCAUGUCUGGGUUUCUGGAUAACAUCCGGUGUGGCGAGUGUGAGUGUGUGGACUGGGGCGAGAAGAGGAAUACUGUGGCCUCAAUAGCAGCUGGAGUACUGUUUUUCACAGGAUGGUGGAUCAUCAUUGAUGCAGCAGUCAAGUAUCCCUCCCAGGAUGUGUUCAACCAUUCCUACCACACAUGUGGGGUAAUAGCAACCAUCGCAUUUCUAAUGAUCAAUGCUGUCUCCAAUGGCCAGGUGCGUGGAGACAGCUAUAGUGAAGGAUGCUUGGGUCAGACAGGAGCCCGUGUCUGGCUUUUCAUUGGCUUCAUGCUGGCCUUCGGCUCUCUCAUCGCCUCCAUGUGGAUUCUCUUUGGGGGGUAUGUGGUGCCACAAAAGCCAGUGGUUUAUCCCGGUAUUGCAGUGUUCUUCCAAAAUGCGUUUAUUUUCUUUGGGGGCCUGGUGUUCAAAUUUGGCCGCACUGAAGACUUAUGGCAGUAAUGUUCUGUACUUCCCCUCCUGACCGUCUUUUUUUCCCCCCUCUCUUAUGUGCUUAUUGUUUCAUACUGUUUUAUAAAUGCUGUACACCUGUUACCUCUAUAAUUGGUGUGGUAACCCAGAUACUCACUUUCUGAAUCUAUAGCAUGGUGUCAGUUUACACAACAUUAGGUGUGCUGCUUUGUCCUCCACUGCUCUUUUUAUAUCGCUUACACUAAUAAAGGCGUGUACAGACACAAGCAGAAAAGCAUUUGUCUUUGGCAAAUUUCCCAUUAUAAAAAAACAAUUUAUACUCCAGACACACUAAUGCCUUGAAACUGGAACACUGAACUGUGAUCGAUUCAUGCAGGUCAUAAAAACAGACAAACUCAACCUUUUAGUUGAUUAAUAUUACUCAUCAUCUACUAACUUACUUAUCCUUUCCUGAAAGCAGGAAAAUUAUUAAGAACUUUGAAUGUGCUUUUCCCUGGAAUAGACAACAUGUUGGUGUAUUUUUUCUGCCCCUUUAUUUUAGAUGUGAAUCCCACCUAAUUUGGAAUGCGUUGUUUAAAGACAAUAACUCCUGGCAAUAACUGGCAAUAACUCCUGUUUGCUCUCUUGGGAGAAUAAGACAUGCUGGUGCCUUGGUUAAGACACGCCCACCUGUAAGAGCCAUUCGUUUCCUGACUUGCCAGUCCGCUGCCCAGUGAUGUCAUCAUGCUGCCACCCCUGCAGCUGCCCCCCAGGUCACAGGAGUCUCCGUUUGUGCUGGAAACCUGACUGAUCCCAAUUUCACACCAGCUGUGAUCGGGGCUCGAACCCAUGACACCUAAACCGCAGAGGUCAGUCCAGAAGUGCAUUUACUGGCUGAGCCCUUCAUGGGCACUCCUCUGCUGCCAUUGUUUGCAGAGUCAGUGGUCUUUCAGGUGCUUGGGCUCUUAAGUGUUUGUCCUUUCUUGCAUGCUGAUUCUUCCAGUUUGGUAGUAGUUCAUUGAUCUGCAGAUUGUAUGCCGCUGUUUCUUGAAAGAACCCAGGGUAUCGGCUUCAACAACAUGGCUGAGUAUCUUGUUCCACACCCCUACGUCUAUCUGGAUAAAGCAGUGCCUCCUGUUCUCAGUUUUAAAUGUAUUGCAACUUAUGUUCAUCUUUCACCCUUUAUUCCAAAAACAUGAACAUAGCAUGCUUGGGGUUUGCUGGCAAUAUGCAUGUUCAUUCUAGAUGUAGGGAAGUUUAUUUUGAGGGAUAGUCUUCUGUACUCAGAAACACUCCUAAUAGUACAGGCAUGAUCUUUGUUUUUAGUCUGAAAGUGGCAGUCUGUUCAGUAACUUGCAAACCACUUCAGACUUCUUUUCUGGACACUACCUACAAAGGCAUUUGAACAGUUUGGUCUGAUAAUAAUAAGAAUUGAUACUGACAUGGAUAUAGCUGCAAUUAUUUUGUUUCCUCUUGCAAGGAUUAAAAAAAAUCUAAAAUGCCUCAGAAAUCUUGUGUGUUCAACAUUGUAGGAUUUGCAAAUAACAGUAAAAUGGAACUAUUUUAUUUUCAAAGUUCUUAAUUUUGGGAUGCCAAAGCUGGUUAAGUCCUAUUUUAAUGUUUUGUUUUCCUUGUUGGAGCAGUACAGAAUGUCCUUUUUAUAUCACCAAAUUAUUUUCUCAUCAUAACUUUAAGAUAACACAUUUUCAUGAUAUUUUUAACUUUCUUACAAGAGGCACACUGUGGUUUUUCAAAGGAAGCACAAUUUCUAGACCUCUGAGCUGUCAUGCUUUAAUGUUGCAGUUUGUUUUCAGUUUGGGGGAGAGGAAAGAUUUAGCUUGCUCCAAAAGGUUCAUGUUACCCCAUGAAUCUGCUGCUGAAAUAGUAGAGCUCUGUAAUUUUGUCUUGAAAGAAAUGUUUCCUUAUGAAACUGACAUUUUAAAUUCUACUUUGCUGUUCUCUGCUAAGAUUCUUUCAGAAACUUGACAGUUAUGCUUUUUUUUAGCUAUUAGGGUCUUCAGUAAAGCACUAAAGAUGAGGCUAAAUUUGUUAGUUUUUUUAAAAGGUACACAUUAUACAUGGAUAUUGUAUUCUUAUUGAUAUGUGAAGGCAAAGCUGGAUUAAGAUGUUUAGUUAUUGGCCUACCGAGGAAAUGUUGCAUACGUUAGCCUGCUGUUUAAAAUUGGGAGGGUUGAUGGUUGUUGUUUUUAAACGUAUUGCACACAUUAAUGGAGACUUACAGCUUUUACAGUUAGUGAAUGUAACUUUUAUAUACUGUAUGUUUUAGAUUGUAAAAACGUACCUUUAAAACAAAAUAAAAUGGUAUCUUUGAAACCUUG